CGGCGCCCCCGACUCUGCGCUCGGCUCUGCUCGGGCAUUUCCGCCUCUUUGUUUUAAACUCCGGACGGAUUUUUUUCUCCUGCUCUUGGGGGGGACCCGGAGGGAGCGGCGCCCCCUCCCUCUCCCGGCGCGGCCCCCGCGUGCGCCCCGCUCGCCCGCAGCUGAGACGGCAGGUAAAGGAAGAGACCUGUUUACCUGAGCAGCCGAAGCUGCUGGUCCGGGGAGCCAGGCUCUGUGUGGACAGCACGUGUGGGUGACGCCUCGUCCCGUGUGUCUCCACAGGCUUCAAAAUGUAGCGGAGGAUCCGGCUGUGUGUACAGCAGGUGCCGUUUCUGUGCUAGAAAAUGGAAAGACAGCGAGAGACACAAGGCAGGCACAGACGUGACGAGCCAGAGCGCGGAGGGCACGGCGGACGAGGAGUGACCGCGUUGCACCCGUAGCCGGAAGCGUCCGAUGCAGAGGCAGCAGGAGGGGACAGACGGCCUCGCAAGGAGGUGGGAGAUGCGGCCUUCUCCGGGCGGGCCUGCUGUCCCAGGAAGUGUCCGAGCUACCGCCUGGGCCCCGCAGUUGGCGGGGGAGCACGGGACCCAGAGCCUCGAGCCGCCAUCCUUCUCUGUCUGGAUGGGCGCCCACCUGGUGUCUGGUGUUGGGUGUCGUAUGCUGUGCAGGGCGGCCUGGGGACCGUGAGCGCUGGCCCCUCACGACGGCAGCUGCUUGUGCGCCUGAGGCCGGCAUGGAGGCCCCGUGUGGGCACAGAGCUGGCUGCCCAGGCCCCUUGGCGGGCGCUGCGCCUGGACAGCCUGGCCCCCUGUCUGGCCUUAGCGUUUACGACCCUGAUGGCAUUGCAGAGUGACCUCUCCCCUGGGGACUCGGGGUGGGGGACCCUCUGGCAGGAGUCCUGCCAGGGGUGCUGUGUCCUUCUCCGUGUGAUGGUUGGCCAGUCCUCACCUGGGUGUCGCCUGGUCACCCAGUCGGGGACCUCUAGGGGUUUCUCCUCUGAGGGUCCCGCCCUCCCUUGGGGCUGAUGAGUGUUUGGUGGGGAGACGCUUGGAGCCUUUAGGAACCUUCACUUCCUUGGCGCAGUCUCGCUGCUGCUGACCACCCGCCGAGGAUUCCUGAGCGAGUGGUCACUGCAGUUGUCCUGGGGUGGUGACCUUGCAGCCCUCCUUCCACUUAUCAGCUCCCAUUCUGUGAGGAAGGGCGUCCCUUGUCUGUCUGUCUGUCUGUGUAGCCUCAUGGGCCUCUGUGUUAUCCUGCCGUGGUAAGCAGUGAUGGUAGUUGUUCCCUAUCUGAGCACAGUGGGGCCCCAGGUCCUGCUAUACUCCUUGCCCAGCCCGGAGUUGGCUGCGUGUCCAGGCAGCGCUGGCCCCUUGCGGCAGACGUGGUGUGGACACGCCAGGUCCUAGGGCUGCCCACGAGUGGUCACUUCCGGGCCCUCCCAGCAGACAGAACUGGGAGUGAGUGGGUGAGUCCACACUCGUGUGCGUACACAUGUGUACCUGUCUGCCUGGUUGCCACUAAACACGAAUUCACACUGACCCCAACCCCCGUCUGUGUGACUUUGGAGCUGGUUUUGGUUGUGAUCUGGCUGUGGGUUGGUGACGUGUGUGAACAGCACCCAGUGAGCCGAGGGCACAGUGCUGGGCUCGGUCGUGCCGGUGGUGGACGGCACACCCUGGGCCUCGGCGUCCAGCGGGGACGUUGCCCAGUCAGUGCUCUCCCGUCUCUGCUUUGCUUCCCUUGGGAAUGACUAGGGUUUCUCUCUUUUAGAUUAUUUCCCAUUACUUCCUGCUCCACGAGGCGUGUUGGGCCCUUCUUCACGGAGCCGGUCCUAGUGGGUGCGAGUGGUCAGGCCGGGCCUGGCACAGCACGUGGUGACCAUGACACCAGAGCGAGUGGGCCUCGCAGACGUGGGCUCGUUUCCCGUGGGUCGGCCCGUGGGGCCCCUGUGAGAACCACCCCUUUUAGUCUCUCCUGACAGCUCAGAGCCCACUGCAGGGGCCGAGGGAGAGGUGUCUCUAGCGGGGACCAUGCGUCGGCUCGCGCCUGUGAUCGAGGGGAGAGGAGAGACUCGGAAGCCAAAGAUGUUGACCAGAAAGAUUAAACUCUGGGACAUAAACGCCCACAUCACCUGCCGCCUGUGCAGCGGGUAUCUCAUCGACGCGACCACGGUGACCGAGUGUCUGCACACGUUCUGCCGGAGCUGCCUGGUGAAGUACCUGGAGGAGAACAACACGUGCCCCACGUGCAGGAUCGUCAUCCACCAGAGCCACCCCCUGCAGUACAUCGGUCAUGACAGAACCAUGCAAGAUAUUGUUUACAAAUUGGUCCCAGGCCUCCAAGAAGCGGAAAUGAGAAAACAGAGGGAAUUCUACCACAAAUUAGGCCUGGAAGUGCCUGGAGACAUCAAGGGGGAGACCUGUUCUGCAAAACAGCACCUAGAUUCCCAUCGAAAUGGAGAAACCAAAGCGGAUGACAGUUCGAACAAAGAAGCGGCAGAAGAGAAGCAGGAGGAGGACGGCGACUACCACAGGAGCGACGAGCAGGUGAGCAUCUGUCUGGAAUGCAACAGCAGCAAACUGCGGGGCUUGAAACGGAAAUGGAUCCGCUGCUCAGCCCAGGCCACAGUCCUGCACCUAAAGAAGUUCAUUGCCAAAAAACUCAACCUCUCGUCUUUCAACGAGCUGGACAUUUUAUGCAACGAGGAGAUCCUUGGCAAGGACCACACGCUCAAAUUCGUCGUCGUCACGAGGUGGAGAUUCAAGAAAGCACCGCUCCUGCUGCACUACAGACCCAAGAUGGACCUGCUGUGAGCCGCGGCACAGCAGAGACUCAGCCGCCGGGCGCCCCGCGAGUACGCAGCCAGGCGGGGCCGCCACCGCGUGGGAUGCUGCCCUGGGCACCGUUUGGACUGGGUCCCGAACAGAGAAUAUUUAUCACUUUUGUAUGAGAAUCACACUCGCGAGGCGCUGCAGCACGGGGUUACGGACGCGCCUCGCCUCGCGGCCGGGGCGCCUCUGCCCCAGCGGGAGGGUGCGGCGACGGCCUUCGUCCCGACCCGUGACCUUUGCUUGCUUUCCAGGUCUUGAAAAUCUCGGUCACUUCCGUUCAGUUUAUGAAUUAGGUUUCACGAUAAGCCCCCAAAAUACUUGUACGUUUACUGAAUCCUUCCUAAGUUAUUGACAAAAUGUCUUUUCACGUGAAUGACGAUAUUUAUGUGGCCUUUAGCUUCCUGAAGAUUUAGAAGAUAUAUAAAAAUUUAAUUUAAAAGCAUACCAAAAGAGGCUUCCAUGAGUAUCGUGAGUUAACCAUGGUAUUUCAUUUUCCACGUCAGGGAACGUGAAGCCGAGGGCCGCCCUGACUCCCGGGGGCCCGCAGCCCAGCUGGGGGGCUGCACCCUGACCCCGACGCGGCUGCCCCGCCCCCCCGGUCAGCAGGGCGGACCGGAAGACGACAGUUCGAAGAACGAUUCUUGUUCUCAAACAUUGUUUCUCUUAAAUAGGGCGCAAGCUGUUCGGCGCCGUCGUUUAACUUCCCGCUUAUUCUUUCCCGUUUUUGUUUUGCUGAACAGAUUGAUGGUGGUGGCGGGGGGCCUUUCCCGAGACGGCGCCCCCGUCCGCGGCGGGGCUGGUGCCCAGGGGGCGUGUCUCCACCAAAGGCCCACGUGUGCAGACCCCGGGUCCCACCAUGCCAGCCUUCAGAGGUGGGCGCGUCACCGUGCUCUCGUGGAGCAGCUGGCACGCUCCGGCCGCUGUUGGCGGGCACGCUAGAGCCACAGAGGGCAGGCGCGCGGGCCCCUGUGCGGCUGAAGCGGCUUUUCCAGUGACUUAAUGACCUACAGCGCGGGCAGACGCAGCACACCCUCUGUUAGCCCUUUCUCCUCCCAAAUGUUAGUAUUUUUGUGGAAUUGGAGAAUAAACUCUUUGCCAGCACAUCCAUUUUUGUUCCUUUAAGAUAGUAACUUGGAAUGUGUAAAGACAGGAGCAAGGAGACGGGCCUUCUCCGGGUCCCCGCUCCGUGGCCGUCCCUCUCCGCGUCCGGUGGCUUCUGCCUGACCUUUGGGCUCCUCCCCCUCUGUCACCUCCUGCAUCACCGGGGCCCUGGGGUCCUGGGGCCGCCUCACUUGGUAGGUGGUCCUGACGGUGGCUUGAGGGCCGGGUUUUCCAUGAAGAACUUCACCUUGGUGACUAGAGUUUUUCUCGAACUUGCUUUGGAAGUGGUGGUUGGGCUCAUCGACAUUCAAGUUUGUUUGUUUUUUUUCUGCUUCCUGUUUCGUACUUACAAAUGUCAGAAGCAGCUCCCUUAGUGAUGGGAAAAACAAAUUAACUCAGUCCAAGUGGUUUUAGUAUAAGGCCUUUCAGAAAUAUAAAACCAAGUUUUUCUUAGGAAUUGGUCAAAGUUCAUCUCUCUCUUUAAGCCCGUUACUCCCGGGACCGUUUGAAUGAUUCGGUUACCUGCGCUUGCUGUUCAUCCCGAUCAUUUGUUAGGGUCACUAUUCAAGGGUUGAGUGAGUAGAUGCGUAUGACUAAGUAUUACCUGUCUACCUCAAAUACACAUUUCUGUAAAACCGUGUGUUCUCAAUGCAGUUGAAGUGUACCGUUAGAAUUUAGGUAUUUUCCUGUGUGACGAAAGGAAGGAAGGAUUAAACAGUGUGAGCGUCCAAAUUCAAAUAAAAUUAAUUCACAGGUCAGAUUAAAAUGAACCUGGCUGUAUAAUCUCAUAGUAUAUAUUUGUAACUUUGCAGCUAUCUUUGCAAUCACUUGAAUUUGCUAUGGUGCUAAGUCGACGUACUUAAUACACAGAGAGGUGGAGAUGAGUCAGAGCUGGCGUCACCGUCCCCACUGGGCCCUGGCCACCUGCUGAUCCCGCGUUUGUGUCCGUGUUACCCUGAUGAAACCUCAGCAGCAGAAGUACCCAUUUUUCUAAGAUGUCCUCGUGCAGACCGUCUUCACUGCAGGAGAUCCCUGUUCCCGCCACCUCCGGUCUGACCGCAGCCUUACGGGGAUGGAGCUGGGGGCCUCGCCGUCAGAGGGAAACUUUCACUUUUCUCUCGUGUCCGUUUAACGUCAACGGCAGAAUUUUAUCUUUCCCAGCAUGAAAGCCAGGAUCAGUUAGUGAUUGGAUCCUAUUAAGUUUGUUUUUUGUUUUUAACAGAUGGAGUUACUGUGAAGUAGUUUUCACAACUCUUCGUGCUGGUAAAACAAACACUGUCGGUUACCAAACGGCGCCCUCGUCGGCAGCGUGGGCUCGUCAGCAGCACAGGGUCUCACUAGGUACAGGUGUCAUGAAAAUAGAAGAUUCAGAUAGAAUAUAUAAUAUUGAAUUUAAGAUUUGGGGGGUUAAAAAGAAGAAAACUUUAUAAAAUUAUUUAUUCUAUUUUAAGCCUUCUAUCAUAUUUUCCCAUCCAGUUGUUUGGUUUCAGUGGUCCAGCUUUAUUUACAGGCAUAUAAGAUGAAAUUGUGAGGCCUUCUGCAAGCUUCUUCUUUUUGCUUUGAGUAGCUUCUGACUCGUGUGCUUUGUGUUACCUGUAUGAGAAGCAGUUGGUGCUUCUGUGCGAUAGGCUCCAGCGGGCGGCGCCACACGUACGUGGAUUGUCCGUGGCAUCUGCUCCACUGAAUGGAGGCCGUGUAGGCGGACUCUCAGAACGUGUGCGUUCAGCCCUUUGGUUUUCCUCUUCCGUCGUCGUUCUCAUGAAAACGCUGUUGCUGGGAAUGUGCGUGGGCCUGUGCAAGGGGCUCGGCCAUCGGUGAGAGUGAGUGACCGGCCAGCGGCCGCGAGUUGACGUGUGGCCUAGGCUGGCCUCGUGCCUCAGACCCCGCGCGCUGGUGGCCCAGGACACGCCCCCGUGUCGACCACAGAUGUGACGGUGCUACUUUCCCAGGCUCCUGAGCCCGCCGGCGCGUGCGGCCUAGAUGCCUCCUCAUGGCAUUUGAGGUCUUUAGAAAUUCGUUUGAUUUUUCUUCAAAGCCCACAGGAUGGAUUUUACAGUGAUUUUGAAGUGUGUCAUUGGGUUGGAUAUCGUAGGAACAAGCCAGCUGGUUUCUACUUUGUACGUGAAUAUCUGAUGUGCUCUCAAAACAUUGAAAACACACUUAGUGCAGAUAAAUCACGAAAAGUUCAGUGUCUCUGUUCCCUCAGGAAAUCAUUUACACCCCAGCACAUCACAUGUGACCUUAGCUGAUAAACCAACGUGUUUCUCUGCCUUGGUGUUUAAACAAACUAAAUAGGUUGGGAUAAGUCGGUUAGAAAACAAUUCAAGCGACACCACAAUCAUCACUGAGAUUCUGUCCCUUCCUGGGGACCGCCGGGCCCCUCACCAGCUCACGUCGUCUCUGCGUCCGUGGGUGCAUCUGAAGGGGACCUGAAGUUUACGUGUCCCCUGGAACGUGUGUAGCAUUAGCGUAAAUGUCUAGUUCAACAGCUUCAUUGGGUGCAAGAAAACCAUUUUUCCCGUAUGAUGCAGCGUUCAGGGGCGAGAGCCCUUGCCGACCCUGGCAUCCCGCGUGGAGAUCGGGGGCUCUGGGGGAUUGUGGAGGUGACGCUGCAGACACAUGUUUUUGACUGUUUAGUUGGGAAGUUUACAUUUUUUAUGCUUUGUGUUGGUGUGUAAUUGUUUGUACUCUUGGUGGCUAGUUUUUAUCUAAAAUCUGUUUAGGAAUAUUGCUUAACUUUUGAUUUUAUGAUAGUGAAGCUUGUAUUCAGUGUUUUGCCAAUUGAUAUUAUAUGCUUGUAAUAAAAGCAAAAGGAAAACCUA